ACCAUCUGGAAUAUGAUGGGUAGAAAUGACGACGCAUUUCAUCCACUGCUCCACUCAACGCCCGAGAGUUCGGUUAAAAUACCUGUACCCUUGGUGUCUGUUGGCCGUGAAUCUUCACAAUCAAAAGGAAAUAUGAAGACGGCAAUUUUGAUAUGGUUAACACUACAGAAUAGUAUACAUACUCUUCUUAUUAGAUAUUCUCGAGCUCGUGAAGUUGACGCCAUGUUUGUUAGUACUGUAGCUGUUUGGUUAACUGAAGUGAUAAAAUGUUUCAUUUGUCUAUUCUUAGUAGCUCAAGAAGAGACACCUAGAAGAUUCAUCCACGCUCUACGAACUCAAAUCCUAGAGCAACCCUAUGACACAUUGAAAGUUUGCAUUCCCGCCAUGAUCUACAUAGUUCAAAAUAAUCUUUUCUACGUGGCAGCUUCACAUUUAGACGCCGCAACUUUCAUGAUAACAUCACAGCUUAAAAUUUUCACGGCGGCUAUUUUCACGGUUAUCAUCUUGCGCAGAUCUCUGAAUCGAACACAAUGGUUCGCACUAGCUGUAUUAUUUGUCGGAGUCUCUCUCGUUCAACUUCAAGGUACAAAAGCAAAGGAAUCAUCUGGUGAAUCUCCAUUCGUCGGAUUCGUAGCCGUCGUCGUAGCAUGCUGUCUUUCUGGAUUUGCUGGAAUUUAUUUCGAAAAGAUUCUCAAAGGAUCAGCACCAGUAUCUCUUUGGAUGAGAAAUGUUCAAAUGGCAGUUUUCUCGAUUCCAGCAUCAUUUUCGGCGAUUUAUAUGCAGGAUUCGAAAACUGUCAAUGAGUAUGGAUUGUUGUAUGGUUUUGACUCAAUUGUUUGGCUUACUGUACUUUGGUACGGUGUUGGAGGUCUCUCUGUUGCUGUUUGCAUCAAGUACGCCGACAACAUUGCCAAGAAUUUUGCCACUUCAGUCGCCAUCAUUCUCUCCACAAUCGGAUCCAUUUUCCUUUUCGAUUUCAUUCCAUCGUUCACUUUCUUGCUCGGCGCCUCACUUGUCAUUUUCUCAAUUUUCCUCUAUUCAUCUCAUCAGUCGAUGGUGGCGGCUCUCGGCCGAUUACGUGGCGAGAUUCCGUCUACAAAAGAGGCGUUUUGUCUGUAAAUUCUCGUCUGUAUAUUAUAGUGACGCUUAAAAAAUGCGAAUUUUGAAAUCGCGCUCAAUCGCUGUAUUUUGGGUCUCGUUAGAUAGAACCGGAAAUUCAAAAUUUUCACUUAAAAAAAUUGAAUCUGUUUUCGAGAAUUUUUGGUUUUUCUGCUGCUUUUAUAAUUUCGAUGUGAAAUUAAACGUGAAAUAGCUAAAGUUUCAGAGAAACCCCAUUUUCAGUUAAAAUAUCAAGUUUUGUCAACAAAAAUUUUGAAUUCACACGGUUUCGCCGCAAAACAAUACCUAACGAGACCCAGUUUAGCAGUGGAGCGAGGUUGAUUUCAAAGCGCACAUUUUUCUGCGUCGCAACAAUAUAUCACACGUACACAUCAGAGUUUUAUCGGUUAUUUUCAAACAUUCGGGGUCUUUCUUUUUUGCCUUUUUUCUUUAAAUUUAAAUUGCAUUUAUUGUUUUUUUAUUGCAUCCAUUUUUAGGUUUCCUGCAAAUAGCGAUAACUUAUCACUAUCGUAACUGUUGAAUCUGUGAUUUAUUAUCAUUUUUAUUCAUCAAUUGUGAUAUCGAAAUUUUCUUUUACAUAACAAAUUGGUUUUC